GGAAACCAGAUCUACAUUUUGAGAAAUUUACGCCUAGGCCUACGUUUUGAUAAAUUAGACACUGAAUUUUGCAAUUACAUUUUGAUUUUAACAUGGACUUUUGCUGCUUAUGGCAUCCCAUAAAGGCCUACUUGGAGUUGCACUGGAAUAAAAAUACAUCAGUAUCAAUUCAAAUUUAAUAACGAAUACAGUAUAUAUUUCGUAACAUCAAAUAGUGAUUAUUACACAGUAUAUAUGACAAUAUGUGAAGACUGGGUGCCAGGAAGGCCAGACUCAUGACGAUGGGAGCACUCAGAAAAGAAGUUGCAGUUUGAAACUCUCCAUGUCUUUGUUCUCUAUAUUUUUUGAGCAGAUAAGAUGUUUCAGGAAAUGAUUAGGCAGUUGGUAAACUAUGUAUACCCCACCAAUGAAGCCACAACGGAAGAAGAUAAUUGGAUACCAAGAAAUCAGCUAGAAUAUGCUAGAUCAAACCCAACAAAAACUGCUAAGAAGAAAAGUAGAAGUAGAAGAACAGGCAAGACUCGUAAAGUGGCCGUAACUUCGCCCCCUCUAGCAACCAAUCGGCAAUCAGAAGCCAGACGUGCGUCCAUAAAGUCUACGAACGAUGGAUUUUGGACACAACCCAAGACCGUCGAAAUCCGUAGCAAACCACAGAUUUUGAAAGCGAAACCACAAUCUCAAGCUAGAGGUGCGUCCAUAAAGUCUACAAACGAGGGAGUAGGGACACAAUGCAAUACCGUGAAAACCUGUAACAAAGCACAGAUUUCAAAAGUCGAGGCAGAUAAACCUAAACCACAAUCUAAAGCAAGAGGAGCGUCCAUAAAAUCCACGAACGCGGGAGUAUGGACACAACCCAAGACUGCACAGCUUUCGAAAUGUGAGGCAUAUAAAACCAAACAGCAAUCUGGACGAAAGUGUUUGUCUGUUAAUUCUACGCAUGAUGUAGUUGGGCACACGGGAGUAUGGACACAACCCAAGACUGCACAGCUUUCGAAAUGUGAGGCAUAUAAAACCAAACAACAAUCUGGACGAAAGUGUUUGUCUGUUAAUUCUACGCACGAUGUAGUUGGGCAACAACGUAAGGUUGUCGAAAGCCGUAAUAAAACACAGAGUAUGGCCAAAAGUAAGGCAGCUAAAAGUAAGAUGGAAACAUCAAAUGGAGGUAAAUCAAUCCUUUGGAAUUCAAAAACAUCACUAUCAAAAAUACCAAGUAAAACGUCGUGGUGUUCAUACUGUAAGGAAACAUUGAAUACUGACAUCGAGGUAGAGCUGCAUGUUAUCAGUAUUCAACACAAAGUUAAGGUGAAUUCAGACAGCGAUAGAGAAUGGCGUCGACGCAAACCGCCGUUGAAUGUACUAAAUGGAGAUUACAAGAUGUGUGAACGGUCGGCAACGUGUAAACGAGUAACAACCUGCACACAAGCGCACAAUGAAUACGAGCUUAAUGAAUGGAAAGAACGCUAUGAGUAUCGUAUGAAAAAAAUGCGACAGUCAUUUCAAGAACUGUCUUCAGUAAUUAACUAUGACUACAACUUUGAUAAUUCUCUAUUGAAAGAUAACAUUGAUGGUGUAGAAUGCAAAGAAAACGGCAAAGUUAACAGAAAAAUCGAUGCAACUGAAAGGAUCAACAAAAAAUUCACGUGCACUUUCAAGUUUAUUAUAAAAUGCACGGGAGAAAAAAAAAUGAAACGUGUUUUUCUGCUUCAUGAUGAGCACAGAGAUAAUUUCUACUUCACCCAGCCUUUGGAAGAAGACAAGCCCCAAAUCUGCCCAGGAAACAAACUACUUGAGGACGAUUAUGUGACGUGCAGAGUAUCUGUUAAGUUUGUAUCAUUCAGUACCGGGCAUUUUGAUCAAUGGGUAAUAUUCGAUCUAGGACAGAAUUUUUACCUGAAGAGAGAAAUUUCUGUUCACGUUGGACUAAAAGAUGAUGUUGAUAUACCCAUGAACCGUGAUAGUAUUCAGCUUAACAGUUCGCCAUGGGAAGAUGUUAUACCAUUUGAGGAAAAACCUGACUUUCAGAAAAAGUUACUAAACAAUGCAAAAUCAUUCAAGCCAAAAACAACUGAUGAUAAACUUCUGAAAGAGAAACUUUCAGAAAAUAACUACAAAAUGAUGAUGCACAGGUUUAUAGACAUAGAAGAACGAGAACAGCAAACGAUAAUUGAAAGGUUGAAUCUUAAAACGAAGAUUUGCUUUACUGAUAAAAUCCAAACCGAUUCUACAGGGGCCUCAAAUAUGAUAAUAGCUCAAGGAGGUGAACAGUUCGGCAAGAUAAAUCUUAAAAAUACAUUGGAUUUUGAUUCCUUGGCUGGCAUCUUAGUUCUUGAGUCAGUUAAUUCUGUGGCCUGUAGGUUUUACUCGAAUCCGACCAUGGCUUUUGAAGCUAAAAUUUACAAAGACGGCACUGUUGAUGGUCGUACCGAAGAGAACGUUUAUGUAUUAUUCAACGACAGAUGCGUAUCUGAGAUGAACCUAAAGGAUGGUAGCGAACAUGAAGCUGAAGUAAAAUUUCUCAUUGAUCGGAUACCAUUUGUGGAAAUGCAUUUCGCCAUUCAGAAUCUAAAGAAUAUGCAUUGCGUUUGGCCCAGAAAGUCAGAACAGCUAACGAUUGCCAAGGAUGGCUCAACUGAAUUAGACAAGUACCAGGAGACUGCUGCUAGAUUUAUUUGUUCGAAAAAAAUACGACACGAAGAAGCACCUUUGGUAAUAUGUGGACCGUUUGGUACCGGGAAGACUAGGGUGUUGGCAACAUCGGUUAAAAGGAUACUUGAACAAUCAGACGAUUCUCGUAUAUUAAUAUGUACACUGUCUAAUAGUGCGGCUGAUCUUUAUAUUACUGAUGGUAUACAAGAGGAAUCUGAUAAAUUUAUUAAGGCAAGCGAUGCUUACAAAAUUCUACGUGUUUAUCAGCCGAACAGACGCGUGUCCACAAUAUCACCACGCGUUAAGAAGCAUUGUUUAUUUGAAACUAAAAGUAAUCUUCGUGUUCCCGAGCGAGAUGAUAUUGAAAAGGCUAGAGUUGUCAUAUGCACCUUGGCAACUGCCAUUUAUUUGAUACCGCUGAACGUUAAAGGUUCUUUUACGCAUAUUCUUAUUGAUGAAGCUGGACAGGCUCUUGAGCCGCAGACGAUAAUGCCGCUAGCGUUAGCUGACGACAAAACGUGCGUAGUGAUAGCAGGCGACCAUUUACAGAUGAGCCCUAAGAUAUACUCCAAAUCAAGCAAAGAUGUCAAGUUUCAUAUAUCUCUACUAGAACGUCUGAAGAAAAUGGACAUGGCCAGUAGUGUCUUACUUCGACGCAACUACCGAACAUGUCGGCCGAUACUUGAAUUUCUAUCUACAUUCAUCUACGAAAAAGGAAUUGAAUGUGCUACAUAUGAAACAUUUAAUCCCGACUUUCCAGCAAUGUCGCUAGUAGAGGUGAAAGGCUUAGAUACAAAGCAAAACUCUUCAUAUGUCAAUAAGGAUGAAAGCACCGAACUUGUUGAACGUGUAAAACAUUUGCACGACCACUGGCCAAAACAUUUUGGUGAAAAGAACAUUGCAGUUGUUACUUCAUACCACGACCAGGUCAUUCUAAUCAGAACACUGCUGAGACAACGAUGUAUGAAUGAUAUUGUCGUUGAACACGUUCGCAAUAUUCAAGGGAGGCAGUUUAGAGUUAUAUUCAUUUCGACAGUCCGGACACGAAAAACCUUAAAUCUAGAUGAGGUAACGGCAAUCAAAGGGAAUGACUACAUUUCAACGCACAAAUAUGGUUUCUUGUCUGAUGUAAAGCUUCUAAACACUGCUUUCACACGUGCUAAAUCCAUGGUGGUAGUAGUCGGUGAUCCAGUCGCACUUUGUUCUGCUGGUGAAUGUUGUUUGUUUUGGAUCGAAUACGUCAAGCGUUGUGAGGAUCUCGGUGGUAUUUCACCCAAAAGUCUUACUUUUGAUAAAGUAAUGUACAAUACAAGACAAAAACUGGAUCCCAUGGCUAAAGCUUUUGAACCAUCCUUUUCGAUAGGAAAGGUGCAGACAUUAGUACCUGACCCUAACAUGUCGACAAAUGAAAAUAAAUAUAUACAGCAAAAGCCGAUGAUACCUCUAUCACAAAAUGACACAAAAUUAGGCCUACAGCUUGAUAAUUAUCGAAAAAAGCUAGCAGAACAGCAACGCGAAGCAAAACUAAAUGACGUAAUAUUGCGUGAGUUAAAAUUAGGAGAACAAAACGAUGAUUUCGAAGAGAACGACGAUAUUCAAAAAGAAAAAUCCAAGAAAAAGCCAAAGACUAGGCGUAAUUGGAAGAAAUUAGAAAACUAUGAACAAAUUAUAGAAGGACGGGAUAUUAAAUACAUUCCGUCUCGAGAAGACGGUGUAGUAGAGCAUUCCAGCGAGCAUUGGUUAGCUAUGUGUGAAAAGACACCAGAAAAAUAUAAGUACUGUACUUUUAAUAUUGAUAGCACAGGGAAUAUGUUUGCAAUUGAAAAGAACACGGGAAAGCAUAUUUGUAUAACAAGUGCAAGACGAAGGUGUACGGCGUUUGAAAAAGAUGCUGUUGUUGUUCAGAUAUUUGGCAAUGAUAAUAAUGAUUGCAGCGAUGAUAUCUGCGGCGCAGUAAAAUGCGUUGUCGAACGCCACUCCAAUCCACAUUUACAGGCGUUUGUCUGCAAAUUAGACACACGAACCAAUAACCUGAUGGUUCCACUCAACAAGUCUUUACCUAAAUUAGCUAUUCUUGGUAUGGAAAGCUCAACAUACCCGAAGGCACGAUUAAAAAUCUAUAAAGUCAGUGAUGGCCACGUGGACGAAGAGGAACUAUUAGUACCAACGGGCAUUGAAGAAGUAUCUAUCACAGACCGCCCUAAUGCUUUAUUCAUUGUAAGGUACCUAAAAUGGUAUCCGAAGUACAUUUAUCCCCUAGGAUGUGUGACAGAACGUCUGCCGCCAGGGGAUUCUCUUAAUAGGGGACUUCAAAUAAUUUCACUUGAACACAAUGUUGACGUCCAGGACCAAUGGAGUGAAUCAGUUAAAAAAGAAGUAAAAGAAAGUAAAAAAUUCAACGAAAAAUGGCGAAUUCCAGAAACCGAAAUCGGUGACAGGCUGGACUUACGAAAGGAGAGUGUAUUUACGAUCGAUCCUGUAGACGCAAAUGAUCUCGAUGACGCACUCAGCGUUACAAUAUUAUCUGAUGGUAAUUACAAAGUAGGUAUCCAUAUUUCGGAUGUUUCAUAUUUUGUUCAAAGACAAUCGGAAAUCGAUUUAGAGGCAAAGAAAAGAUGCAUCUCGCAUUAUCCGACCUCAGCAAAACCUAUUCCUAUGAUUCACAAAAACCUUAGCAGUAAUAAAUGUAGCUUAUUACCAAAUGAAGACAGGUUUACAAUAUCGGUGAUUUUCAAAAUCGACGAAGAAGGUUGUCCAGUAAAAGACAAAACAAACAUUGUGAGGUCCAUUGUUAAUUCCCGCAAUCAAUUUUCUUAUAAAGAGGUUGAAGAAAUAAUUCACAAAAGAUCUAAUGGACCAAGUGAAAACCUGACAAAGCAAAUAAGACUACUUAAUCAACUCGCAAUCAAAAGAAGAGAAACUAGAUUGAAAAGUGGCAGAUUCUGCUACUCUCACGAUGAUGUCACUAAUGACUUAGACUGUCCUCUAGCACAUUCACUUGUCGAAGAAUUCAUGUUACUUGCAAAUGAGACUGUUGCCACAUUUCUCACAGGAUCGUUUCCAAAAUGCGUCCCAUUAAGAAGACAGUUAUCUCCGGAUUCAAACAAAAUGCAGGAAUGGAUUCAAUCGUUCCAUGGGCCAAUCAAAAAUAGUUUAGAAAUGUCAGCUAAGAUAGCAGACUUGCCUGACGACUCAUCUAGUAACAUGACUUUGACCACAGAUGUUUGGAACGAGCUUGUCCGUUUGUUAAAGAUACAGCAGAAUAAAGAAGAAACUUCUGUGCCUAAACUAAGUCCCGACGAUGAAGACUUCUUUGAAAUGAUUGAUUUAGUGGCAAAUGACAUGCUGCAUCCCCAGCUAAUGUUAAUGAAAUUAAAGUAUUAUGACAUUCAAUGUAAGUCUGAUUACGUUUGUUCUGGUCGGGAUGACGAAAGGCAUCAUUCACUGUCACUGUCCCGUUACACACAUUUCACGUCGCCUAUUCGAAGAUACAUCGAUCUGGUUGUACAUCGCCUUCUCGUGGCAGCACUGGAAAAAAACCAACAACCUCCUUACACACCUAAAGAAAUUGAAGAUAUUUGUAAUUACAUGAACGAAAAGGCAUUGAAUGCGAAGCGUUUCCAUCGGCGAACAAAAGAUCUCGUUUUGGCACUUGAUCUAAAAAAGCAUGGCGCACUUCCCUAUCAACCAGUCAUCGACAGCGUAGAUGAUACAAAUAUAUACCUACAGUUCCCACAGUCCUACAUCAAUCGAUCCCAAACUCCUUUGAGUUUUAACCACUUGAAACCAUCUGAACGUGUUGUAACAACCAAUGAGAUGUCGACUGUAACGUGGAAGAUAAGUCUUUGCGAUGCAUGCGAUAAAUCGAGCCUCCUAUUGUCCGUGAAUAUGCAUGAACUUUCGCGACUGGACCCUGCUAGAUUUAUUGUCGAGAUGGAAAGCAAAAAUUGGCAGAAAUUAGUAGAUGCCAUUACAUCUGGAACCCAAACAGACGUGAGAAAUACUUUGGACAAUUGUAUGAAAAACAUUCACAUAAAAUGUGAAUCGAGAAAAGAGAAAAUGUUAGUAGACACGGUAAAAUACGAAAAAUUUGAAUGCAAGUUUCAACGCUUUGACGUAAUGCGGGUUCACCUAGCACCCGAGCUUCGAGAUGGGAUGCUUCAACCAACCAUCCAGCUUGUUAGUUUAGCUGAAAACAUAGAUGUGUGUCUGGAACAUCGCAAAAAUCCUGUUCUUUGUUUUUCUCAGCUUGCAGCUGAAGACCCUCGUGGUUCAAAAUUUAUUGAACGGUAUAGGACGACAUGGCUUUCAGUUCUAGCUAUGUGCUCAGCUUAUGGCGCAGUGCAUGAAGACAAUGCAACUAUUAUCAUAAAAGUGAACAUAGAAUGGCGGCCAGGUGACAACGGAUCAUUCACAGGCUCAUUUAAGCUACUGGAAGAAUUCUGUGAUUCCAACAUGUUACGAUUUUUCAGAAAAUCAAUUAAAAAGAAAGGAAAAGAGAAUCAAAAUGACGAUACAACUGAUACUCGUGCGUUGGACUACCUUUGCGUACGUUACUCUAAUCUUCAGUGUCCGCCUCGCCCUCAAGGUAGCAAACCGACACAUUUGAGAGGAAAAUCAACAUAUGUUUGGGUUGGACAUUGUUAUACAACUGCUGUAAAUGAUAUUGUUGAAUCAAAUAAAACGUAUUUGAUGGUGAAAUUGCAGCUUAAUCAAUCUGCCAUACCAUUACCAUUUGUUCAAAUAAGGACACAAGGAGCUCUAUGUACCGUAGAGCUAAUCCCUAAAAGUCCACCAGAUAGGCGGACAGAAGCAGCAGUGCUCGAUUUAGACCCAAGUCGUUCUGAAACGUCUCUGGCAAGAUGCAUUGUCCUUCAACAGAAAAUUAUUUCAAAUAGAGUUAUUGAAGGCGGAGAAAGUCUGAACAGAAUCUGCAGGAAUUGGAAGAUACAUUCUAUCCCAAGGUGUCACAACGCAUCUGCCCUUCCACAUCCAAACUUUCCACAAAGAAAUGCAAUCGAGAAGGCAAUUUCACAGACGUUUACUGUUAUUCAAGGUCCUCCAGGUACUGGGAAGAGCGUGACAGGUUCACAGCUUGCAUUUUUCUUUGCUCAAAUAAAUAAAAGCGUGGAAGCAAUUAAUCGACCCCAAGUCCUGUACUGUGGCCCAUCAAACAAGUCUGUUGAGGUCGUUGCAGGUUACCUGAAACGAUUGUCAGAUAUUAGGGCGGUUCGUGUUUACAGUGAAAGCAUUGAGGAUAAAGAUUACCCAAGGCCCUGGCUUGCAAAGUCCAAACGGAAGUUUUCCAUGAUGGAAGCGUCAAUUGAUCCGAAAAAUCGCGAUAUAGCCCUUCAUCACCUAAUACGCCAAAGAGGAAAUCCAUAUUCAUGCAAAAUAGAACGAAUGGAGGCGAAGUUUACCAAACGGAUAGAGGAAUACAGAAAGGCUACAUCGAGAAAAUCCAAUUAUAAAUAUGACGCUCAAACUAAUAGACAAUUGACACUAGAAAUUACAAAAGAGGAAUUAAAAGCAUACAAAGCACUAAUUAUGAUUGCUAAGAAAGAAGAACUGCAAAAGUACGAUGUCAUCCUGUCAACGUGUAAUGUUGCCGGAGCCUCAGAAAUAAGAAGAUUCUGUAACAUUAUUGAAUGUAUCAUCGACGAAGCGGGAAUGUGUACUGAGCCAGAGACUCUGAUUCCACUAGUUGCAUGCACACCGCACAAAGUUGUCCUCAUCGGAGAUCACAAGCAACUUCGACCCAUUGUCCAGGAACCAAACGCGAGAGAACUUGGAAUGGAAAUAUCACUAUUAGAACGGUAUGCUGACGAGGCUAUCAUGCUUAACAUACAAUAUCGUAUGCAUUCCAGCAUAUGUGACUUUCCAUCACAACAAUUCUACGACGAAAAACUGAAGACGGAUAUAUCGGUCAGUAAAAGGAAGCCAGACACCUUAAACUGGCCAACAAGAGACGGUAAUAAGGAGUACCAUACAUUGUUCUGUCAUGUCGAAGGUAAGGAGGAAUCGCAAACAGUAAAAACCGAAGAGGGUAACGAGAACAGCAAAUGCAAUCAACAAGAAAUAGAAUGCUUGAUGAAAGUUGUGCAGAAGCUAUUGGAGAAAAGAAUUAUAGCGAAGGACAUUCUGGUCUUGACACAGUAUCGGUUACAAUUAAGUGAAAUAAAGACUAGGCUAGAUAAGGACAGUAGAACACGUGAAGUACGAGCCGCAACCGUCAUCACAAGUCAAGGAAGUGAGAGUGAUUACGUCAUAAUGUCGACUGUGCGAUCCAUUCCAUUGGAGCAAAUUGAGGAAAAGCCAACUAUCGGUUGGAAAAGGAAGUUCCUUGGCUUCAUUAUAGAUGAAAACCAAACAAAUGUUGCCCUCACGCGAGCAAAACGAGGCCUAAUUUUGAUUGGUAAUAAACAUCUGUUAGAGACACAUGGAACUUGGGGAAACUUAAUAAAAUCGUAUGAAGACAGAGGAUGUCUGAUGUACAAUAUGGAUUUCUUGACGACUUUCUGAAAGUGUAGCCAUACAAGUUGUAUUGACGGAGAGAGAGAGAUGAUAACGAUUUCAAUCUCAAAUUCAACUUUUUAUUUUCUGAACUUCGUUGCUAUAAUAAAGAUACAGCAUAACAUAGUACAGUACUUAUCAUCAGCUGUCUGAUUAGUCUGUGGUAUAUGUACUAUACUUAUAUAGCAUUUAUAUGCAUUUUUUUACUCUCUUUUGUGGUACAUUUACCACAUUUAUUCAUCCAUAAUACAUAUCAGAUAUUCCGUAAGAGACAUAUACCAAGGGUUGUUUCCUUAUAUCGUUGUAAUAAAAGAUAAUUCUUUAGAAAAUCUGAAUAUAUUUACAAUUAGACAAGCAUAUUUAAACCGCUCAUAUAGUGGUAUAAACAACAUCAGUUACUGACUCAUAUAAUCAUGGCAUGACUUUGAUUUGGAUAUCAAGCAUUGUUAAGUUUGUUUUUGGGGUUUUUUUUCGUAUUCAUAAACGUGAUGUUUGUUUUCAUACAAAUGAUGAUUAAUAUCGUUCUUCUGAUCACAACAAAAAAUUCACAAUUUUUUUUCCUUUUGCAUGAAUCUUAGAUAUAAGUAAACUGUAAGUUAACGUACAGUUCAAUACACAUAAUUCCAUCUGAUCUUAACACAAGAACAAUCAUAUCAGAGCCUGAAUGCCUGAUCAAAAUAGUACAUACGUUUAUAUAUGCAUAGGUCCUCAAUAUAUAUAUAUAUAUGUAUAUAUAUAUAUAUAUUAUCCUUUUCUUUAUUUAUUUAUAUAUAAGUGUAAUGAUAUAUACAUACCUAAACACACACAUAUAGAUACAUGCAUACAUUUACAUAUAUGUACAUACAGUACGGUACCUACACACAAUCCCAAAAGUAUAUGCAAAUAUGCAUACAUACACACAAUUACAGACACAUAUAUAUGCUUAAAGUUUUCGUUUUAUGUCAAUAUUCAAGUGUAUAUACUGUAGCAUUUCACAUCCAUAAGUAGGUAAACAUACAGUUACAUACGUUAGUCAGGAUCUCAACCAUGAUACUUAUGCAGUUAUUCCCAUAGUUAAAUUAAGAAAUCCUUGAAUUUGCUUGCUUUGGCUGAUGUGGUAUUUUCUUGCAACUUUUUCCUGUAUUUAAGUUCAGCUAAAAGCAUUGGUAUAAUAGGUUUUAAUAACUGUAUAUUGUUUUCACGUGACUUUAGCCAUGUGGAAUAACAAAUGCGGCUAAUGUAAUAAAUUCAUUUACGACAUUGUAUUUAUCAUUAAUAUCGUCGAUUCCCUUAACUACUACGUUCAUAUUUAUAUCGAAUAAAAAUCCAUUUUUUUUGCAGCAA